GUUUCGCCAAUAUUAACCUACGUAUUACAAUCACUGCGAAUAACUUGGAUACAAAUCGUCACUCGAAAGGGUUAUUAAAAAUAUGUUUACUUUCUGGUUAUAAUCAGUACCCAGUACCUGCAUUUUUUAGAGUGCAGUACUUAUUUUUGGUUGGUGACAAAAUCUUUCCCAAAAAAUAAUACCUUCGAGUUUCGACGAUUUAUCUCAAAAUUAUUUAGAGUGUACACCCAAAUUUUUUCCGGCAACAUAAAAAUCCCCUUUUAAGCCAAAAUUGUGGUGAUGAUGAUGAAGCCCACCUUAAUCUUGGGGGUGGCCAUCUUGGUGACCUUUGCCGCUCAAGGUGACACGCUGGCAAUUGAUGAUCAGAGCGAUAAUUCAACCUGCCCUCCGCACUGCGACUUCUGCACGGGCGAGGAUUAUUUGUGCCGCUACCAUCCUCGCCAAGAUUACAAUUGUCCAUCACGGUGUGAAUAUUGCCUGGGUGGAGAAUGCUAUCGGAAUUUCGUUCAGAUUCCGGGUUGGUUAAUCGCGUCCAUAGUUGUCGCCGCCCUCGUCAUUUUUGUCCUGUUUCCCUGUGCCAUUUGCCACUGUCGUCGUCAGGAUUGUUACCACCAUUGCGGAUAUAACCACCCGGAAGUAAUGCACGUCAAAGAGCCACCCUUACCCUUCGAAGAGGAAGAAACUCCGUCUCGUUUCCAGAAAGUUAUCUGGACUUGCUUCUGUUGUAGACCAGUCGCCAAACCGAGGGUGCAAAUUAUUUAUGUCCAUGGACCUCCCCCUCCUUUUCCAGUAACAAGUGCAUAACACACUGGAUAAUGAAAACCAUGCACAUUACGCGAAUUACACCGGCACGUUUUAACUAUUUAGGGUAGUCAAAUUAUUUAGCUAAAAUUUAAGUUUAACUGUAAUACACCGUUGCAAACGAAAUGUAGCAAAGGGGUAAAAACA